AUGUAUCACUUCAUCCACAUUGUAACUGCUGCCGCCGCUCUGGCGGGCAGCUCGUACGCAGCGUCGGCCGAUGAAUGGGCUUCCAGAUCGAUCUACCAGGUCAUCACUGACCGGUAUGCCCGGUCCUCUGAUUCAUCUAGCAGCUGCAACAUCACCAAGUAUUGCGGUGGCACCUGGAGAAGCUUGGCCGGCAAGCUAGACUACAUCCAAGACAUGGGAUUCACUGCGCUACAGAUCUCGCCUAUCCAGCAGAACAUCCCGCAGGAUACCAUCUACGGCGAGGCAUACCAUGGCUACUGGCCUCGGAAUUUGUACGCGUUGAACGAGAAGUUUGGGACCGCCGACGACCUCAAGUAUCUCGUCUCAGAACUGCACAAACGCAACAUGUAUCUGAUGAUCGACGUCGUGGCGAAUGAGCUCGCCUAUGAUAUUGGAAAUACAAACAUGACGGCAUCCACACAUCUCGACUAUUCUUCCUUUGUACCGUUUAACCAGCCUUCUGAUUUCAUUCCGUACUGUCCGAUAGUCGACUGGUCUAACAGGACCGAAUACACCAAUUGCUGGUUGGGUUACCAGGGAGUUGCAACGCCGAGAAUCAAAACGUCAGACAAGAAGAUCGCCGCCACACUUGCAGCGUGGAUCAAUGAUCUUGUCAAGACGUAUGGUGUAGACGGCAUCCGAAUCGACGGCUCAAAACAAAUCGAAUCCAGCUUCUUCCCACCCUUCGUGCAAAGUGCGGGCGUGUUUACCAUGGCUGAGGUCUUUGAUGGGAGCCCUGAUUUUGUUUGCGGCUAUCAAAAUAUGGUCGGUGGAUUGGAGAAUUAUCCUGUCUAUGGAAAGACAAUAAAUGCAUUUACUGCCGGGAAAAUGGACGACCUUGUUGCCAUGGUAGGCACAAUGCGGAAGACAUGCAAAUCGCCUCAAUAUCUGGUCAACUUUAUCGAGAACCAGGACAAUCCCCGUUUCGCGAGCUACACACCUGAUCUUGCUUUGGCCAAAAACGCUCUCGCUUUUACAAUUCUCGGUGACGGUAUACCAAAGAUGUACUAUGGACAGGAACAACAUUUAUCUGGAAAUUUCUCCCCGUACAACCGGCAAGCACUAUGGGAUGCCUCACCAACCUACGACCAGUCCGCCGAGUUGUAUAGUCUGACUACAACUCUGAACAAAAUUCGAAAUCACGCAAUGUCCGUCGACAAUCACUACUUGACGAACUGGAGUUCUAUACUGUAUCAUGACGGAUCUACCUAUGCGACGCGCAAAGGACCGAACGGGGCCCAAGUCGUUGCAGUUUUGUCGAAUCAAGGAACACAGGGCGGAGACUACACAUUGGAAAUCAACGGCGCAGCUGAUCCCGGUACAAAUCUAACAGAGGUGACGCACUGCAAUAGCACCGUGGUUGCAGGUCCUAAUGGCACAAUCACCGUGCCGAUGGGACAGGGUCAGCCGCGAGUGUACUUUCCGACAUUCAACUUGAACAACUCUGGGCUCUGCGGACAGCUUUCAGCUUCGCCUAGCCUGUCUGAUUCGGCAAAGCCGUCUGCAACAGCAUCUUUUGUUUCCCAAACUGGACUGGGUACGUCGCUUGAAGUUUCGGCAUGGUUGCAUGUUGUUUUUCUGGCGGUAAUGACGGUAGCUUUGGUGUAG